AUGGGUGACCUAAAGAAGGCAAAACACUGUCACGAGCGAGCGCUGGAUGUUCGUCUAGAAAAGCUCGGACCUGAGCAUGUUAAUGUCGCAGUCUCUUACAAUAACCUGGGCCUUGUCCACCAGCACCAGGGUGAUCUAAAGCAGGCAAAAGACUAUCACGAGCGAGCGUUGGAUGUUCGGCUGAAAAAGCUCGAACCUGAGCAUGUUGAUGUCCCAAGUUCUUACAAUAACCUGGGCACUGUCCACGAGCAGCUGGGUGAUCUAAAGCAGGCAAAAGACUGUCACGAGCGAGCACUGGAUGUUCGGCUGAAAAAGCUCGGACCUGAGCAUGUUGAUGUCCCAAUAUCUUACAAUAACCUGGGUGUUGUCCACAAGCAGCUGGCUGGGUAA